GCAGGCCGCCUACUAUGGCGGCCGCUUGAGCCGGGCGCCUGUAGGAUAUCGUGGACUUCCCUCUGCAGCCCGCGGCAGGUGCUGCUGUCCCAUGAUUCAUGUAGAGCCCGGCCAUGGUAGCUGGCCCCCACCCCAGCCAUGGACGAGGUCACCUUCAAAAGUGACACUGUGCUCUCAGAUGUCCACCUCUACACCCCGAACCACAGGCACCUCAUGGUGCGGCUGAAUGGCAUGGGCCAGCCUGUUUUCCUGUCCCAGUUCAAGCUUCUGUGGAACCAAGACUCUCAGACAGACUCCAGGGCUGAGGGUGGCCGUCAUGGCAUGGGUCCUGCAGAGCAGACAUCGCCCUCUGGGCCAGGCAGCAGCAGACCCCCUGUGGGGAGUGGCUGCAGUAGUGAAGCCACCAGCCAGGAGGGGGUGGGAGCUCGGCUUGACGAGGACGGGGAUUUGGACGUCGAGAGGAGACCGCGGGCAGCUUCGGACUCCGAGCCAGCAGAGCCUCCAAGAGACAAGGUACAUCCCACGAUUCUAACACAGGAGGAAGAUGACCCCCUGGCAGACGAAACACGAGAGAGCAGCCCCCAGGAUGUCAUCAGAAUAGAGCACACCAUGGCCACCCCCCUGGAGGAUGUUGGCAAGCAGGUGUGGCGGGGUGCCCUGCUCCUGGCCGACUACAUCUUGUUCCAACGGGACCUCUUCCAGGGACGCACCGUGCUGGAGCUCGGAGCGGGCACGGGGCUGGCCAGCAUCAUCGCAGCCACCGUGGCGCGUACCGUUUACUGUACAGAUGUCGGUGCCGAUCUCUUGGCCAUGUGCCAGCGAAACAUUGCCCUCAACGGCCACCUGACUGCUGCUGGAGGCGGUGUAGUUAAGGUCAAAGAACUGGACUGGCUCAAAGACGACCUGUGCACAGACCCGGAGGUCCCCUUCAGCUGGUCACCGGAGGACAUCUCCGACCUAUACAGCCACACCACCAUCCUGCUCGCGGCCGAGGUGUUUUACGAUGAUGACCUCACCGACGCUCUGUUUAGAACGCUGUCCCGCCUCGUUCACAAACUGGAAAAUGCCUGCACAGCCAUUCUGUCUGUGGAGAAGAGGCUGAACUUCACGCUCAGACACCUGGAUGUCACGUGUGAGGCCUACGACCACUUCCGCACCUGGCUGCAGCGGCUGGAGAGGCUCUCGGAUGGCCGACUGCGCUUCGCAGUGGAGCCGGUGGAGGCCUCCUUCCCGCAGCUCCUGGUCUAUGAGCGCAUCCAGCAACUGGUCAGGGGGAAAUCAGAAACAAAUUACCCUUGAAAAUCCCAAGAGCUACAAGUCCAAAGGUCUGAAAUGAAUGACUUGUUCUCUUUGCCUCGUGGCUGUGCCUUUUCUCUCGGUCUGUGGAGACCAGUCCUAGUUCUGAGGAGGGGGGGAGAGAGGGCUCUCCCUCGCAGGUUCCCUGUCCCGCUCCCCGAGCGAGCCCAGCUCUGGACUGUGGUUGCGGCGCGUGAGAAGCAGCGCUCUGUUCGCGGCUGCGCCACCUCCCCGCCCGUCUCCCUGUAGACGGCACCCAGUCUGCUUCGGCCCGGGGAGGACUCAGUUUCCACUAAGAAAUUGGACUUUCUCCACUGGCCCGUGUCAGGAGGAGCACCACACGGCCACGAAAAUCAGCUCCUUAAGAAAUUCAGCAGUCACGGGACAUGGCACUUACGAUCUCCCCGAAUGGAAAAAUGGCAACUUGGUGCCAUUCUUCUGGUCCAUUUUGAUCAUGUGACAUCCUCGUGUGUCUUGGAUGAAUGCCAGGACUUAGCCAUCCCGCGUCUCUU